AUGAAUUCCCGCAUGGAGUUCACCGACCGGGCCGAGAAGGCUGUCCAGGACGCCAUGGCCCUUGCUGAACAGUAUGCCCACUCCCAGCUACUACCAGUUCACCUGGCCGUGUCUCUUCUCGAUCCCCCCGCAGACCAGAGCAAGGAUCAACAGAAUGGUCCUGCGCCUUCGGCGUCCAUGUUCAGGCAGGUCGUCGAGAGGGCACACGGCGACCCUCAACUCUUUGACCGCGCGUUGAAGAAGUCACUCGUCCGAUUGCCCAGCCAGGACCCCCCUCCCGACCAGGUCUCCGUGGCUCCCGGUUUCCACGCCGUCCUUCGCAAGGCCCAGGAGCUGCAGAAGGUACAGAGAGACAGCUUCAUCGCCAUCGACCACCUCAUCACCGCACUCGCCGAGGACCACAACAUCCAGACCGCCCUCCGCGAGGCAAACAUCCCCAAGCCGAAACUGGUGCAGGACGCCGUUCAACAGAUUCGAGGCACCAAGAGGGUGGACAACAAGAACGCAGACACGGAGGAAGAACACGAGAACCUCGCCAAGUUCACCAUCGACAUGACGGCCAUGGCCCGCGACAGCAACAUGGACCCCGUCAUUGGUCGAGAGGAGGAGAUUCGCCGUGUCGUCCGCAUCUUGUCCCGGAGAACCAAGAACAACCCCGUGCUGAUCGGCGAGCCCGGUGUCGGCAAGACGACCGUCAUUGAGGGCCUCGCCCAGCGCAUUGUCAACCGCGACGUUCCUGACAACCUGAAGCACUGCAAGCUGCUAUCGCUCGACGUGGGUGCCCUGGUGGCUGGUAGCAAAUACCGCGGAGAGUUCGAGGAGAGGAUGAAGGGUGUCCUGAAGGAGAUUGAGGACUCCAAGGAGAUGAUCGUCCUCUUCGUUGACGAAAUUCACUUGCUCAUGGGCGCAGGAUCGUCCGGCGAGGGUGGCAUGGAUGCCGCCAACCUUCUGAAGCCCAUGCUGGCCCGUGGCCAGCUGCACUGCAUUGGUGCUACCACACUCGCCGAAUAUAGGAAAUAUGUCGAGAAGGACGCUGCCUUUGAGCGACGUUUCCAGCAGGUCCUCGUCAAGGAACCCACCAUUGCCGAGACCAUCUCCAUCCUUCGAGGUCUCAAGGAGCGGUACGACCGCCACCACCGCGUCACCAUUCUCGACAGCGCUCUUGUGGCCGCCGCCAACCUCGCUGGCCGCUAUCUCACAUCUCGACGGCUGCCUGAUUCGGCCAUCGAUUUGGUCGAUGAGGCGUCCGCCGCCGUUCGUGUGGCCCGCGAGUCGCAGCCCGAGAUUAUCGAUUCGCUGGAGCGCAAGCUUCGCCAGAUCAUGAUUGAGAUCGCGGCCCUCGAGAAGGAAAAGGACGAGGCAUCCCAGACUCGCCUGGCGCAGGCGAAGAAGGAUGCCAGAAACGUCGAGGAGGAGCUGGAGCCUCUUCGGCAAAAGUACCUCAGCGAGAUCAAGCGCGGCGAGGAAAUCCACAUGGCCAAGUCCAAGCUCGACGAGCUCCAGAAGCGUCUGGAGAACGCGGCCAACGACGGCGACCACGCCAAGGCCGCCGACAUCAAGUACGGCGCCAUCCCCGAACAGCUCGCUGUGAUCAAGGAGCUCGAGGCGAAGAAGGCCGCAGCCGACGCCGCCUUGAGCGCCACUGGCCAAGACACUGGCUCGAUGGUUACGGACAUCGUGUCUGUCGACCACAUCAACGAAAUCGUCGCGCGAUGGACGGGCAUUCCCGUCACGCGCCUCAAGACUACAGAAAAGGACAAGCUGCUCCACAUGGAGAAGGUCCUCGGCAAGAUCGUUGUUGGCCAGAAGGAGGCUGUCAAGUCCGUCUCCAACGCCAUCCGACUCCAGCGGUCUGGUCUCGCCAACCCCAACCAGCCGCCCAGCUUCCUGUUCUGCGGUCCUUCGGGCACUGGUAAGACGCUGCUCACCAAGGCGCUUGCCGAGUUCCUGUUCGACGACCCCAAGUCUAUGAUCCGGUUCGACAUGUCUGAAUACCAAGAGCGACACGCCCUGAGCCGAAUGAUUGGCGCGCCACCAGGAUACGUUGGUCACGAUGCCGGAGGACAGCUGACAGAGGCUCUCCGCCGCAAGCCCUUUUCGAUUCUGCUGUUCGACGAGGUCGAGAAGGCCGCCAAGGAGGUCCUGACGGUCCUGCUCCAGCUUAUGGACGACGGCCGCAUCACCGACGGACAAGGCCGUGUUGUCGACGCCAAGAACUGCAUUGUCGUCAUGACCUCCAACUUGGGUGCCGAGUACCUCACACAAUCCACGUCCCCCGACGGCCGGGUCGACGCGGUGACGCGCGAGAAGGUCAUGAACGCGCUUCGCGGCUGGUUCCUCCCCGAGUUCCUCAACCGCAUCAACUCAACCGUCAUCUUCAACCGUCUCACGCGCCGCGAGAUCCGCAACAUUGUCGACAUUCGCAUCGGCGAGAUCCAGAAGCGUCUGGCCGACAACGACCGCAAGGUCUUCAUCGACGUGUCGGAGGAGGCCAAGGACUACCUCGGCGCCGCGGGCUACUCGCCCGCGUACGGCGCGCGACCACUAUCGCGCCUCAUCGAGAAGGAGGUGCUCAACCGUCUCGCGAUCCUCAUCCUGCGGGGCCAGAUCCGCGACGGCGAGAACGCGAGGGUCGAGCUGAUCAACGACAAGAUUGUCGUGCUGCCGAACCACCAGGACAGCGAGCUUCCAUCGGAGGAGGAUGACGAAGACAUGGAGGAUGCCAUCGAGGAGGUCGUCAGGGACGACGAGGACCUUUACAACUAA